AAUUUUAUUCUAUUUUAUUUUUUAUUAUUUUUUUAAAAAAGGUUUAACGGCUUCAUCACCUGAACUGGCACCAGAUCUGUUUCAUUUCUUCGAACCAGAGAGAACUGGGCUUGAGGAAUGGAUGAGAAGCUUCUACAGCGGUUAGAAUCGGCGGUGUCGCGCUUGGAGGCGCUAUCCACCAGAUUCCCCAGUGCCGGCAGCGGUGCUGACGCUUCCGAUGCGGUGCUCGAUCCGUCCGUUGUUGCCUUCGGCGAUCUGAUCGACCAGUAUGUCGCUAGGGUUUCGAGUACUGCAGAGAUUAUUGGAGGACAGGUCUUGGAUGUCACCAAGUUUGUGCGGGAAGCUUUCGCCGUUCAGAAAGAGCUCUUGAUUAAGCUCAAGAAUACUCAGAAGCCUGACCGUGCCGGGUUGGCUGAUUUUCUGAAACCAUUGAAUGAAGUAAUCAUGAAAGCUACCUCGUUGACAGAAGGAAGGAGAUCUGAUUUUUUUAAUCACUUAAAGGCUGCUGCUGACAGUCUCUCAGCUCUAGCCUGGAUUGCAUAUACAGGGAAGGAUUGCGGUAUGAGCAUGCCCAUUGCUCAUGUGGAAGAAAGUUGGCAAAUGGCUGAGUUUUACAGCAACAAGGUACUUGUAGAGUACAGAAACAAAGACCCAAAUCAUGUUGAGUGGGCCAAAGCUCUGAAAGAGUUGUAUUUACCUGGUUUGAGGGAUUAUGUCAAGAGCUUUUACCCUUUAGGCCCUGUUUGGAAUCCAACAGGAAAAAUACUUGCUCCAUCAAAGGCUCCUGCACCUGUUGCACCUGUUGCCCCUCCUCCUCCACCUGCUUCUCUUUUUAGUUCUGAAUUAUCUCAGGCUUCAUCUUCUAAGCCUAAAGAGGGGAUGUCUGCUGUUUUUCAACAGAUCAGUACAGGGAAUGUUACUGCAGGUUUGAAAAAGGUUACGGAUGAUAUGAAGACUAAGAAUCGCACAGAUAGAACUGGAAUUGUUGGCACUAGCGAAAAAGAAAGUCGUGCUGCAAGUUCUCAUGUGUCUUCUAAAACAGGACCUCCAAAAUUUGAACUUCAAAUGGGCCGCAAAUGGGUUGUUGAGAAUCAAAUUGAGAAGAAAGACUUGGUCAUAGAAGAUUGUGAUGCAAAGCAAUCUGUAUAUAUUUAUGGAUGCAAAAACUCUGUUUUGCAGAUUCAAGGCAAGGUCAACAAUAUAACUAUUGAUAAAUGCACAAAGAUGGGAGUUGUAUUUAAGGAUGUUGUUGCAGCUUUUGAGAUUGUAAACAGUAAUGGGGUUGAGGUUCAAUGCCAGGGUGCAGCUCCUACAAUUUCGGUAGACAACACUUCUGGCUGCCAGCUAUACCUGAGCAAAGACUCUUUAGAAGCAUCCAUAUCUACAGCAAAGUCAAGUGAGAUCAAUGUAUUGGUUCCUGGUGCUGAGCCUGAUGAUGAUUGGGUGGAGCAUUCUUUGCCACAACAGUACAUUCACUUUUUCAAGGAUGGCCGUUUUGAAACAACUUCAGCUUCUCAUUCUGGAGGUUAAAUUGGUUCGCAAUUUGGAGUUUCUAUUUAUAUUUACAUCAUCUUAUUGCUUGGAAUGCUGUGGGAGUGGCUUCAAUUUGUUGUUUCUUCAAUUCAUUUACAAAUACAAUCAUAUAUAGGUUUACCAUAUUCAUGCUCGGCUGCCUAUGCUUAUGAUUUUUCCUUUGGCUUUUUGAACCAUUGGAAUCAUCCAUCCAUACGACUUUUUUAGUAGUUUGCUUUUGCUUGAGCGUGUUUUUCUCCCAAUUUGCAUUAUGCAAUUGGUUUUUUUCUUUUUUUUUUUUUUUGGUUUUCAGAGGACCCGAACAUUUGUCUGAAUUUUCAUCUUGGUUUUUUUUUUUUUAUCAAGAAUAUCUUGGUUUGAGUGUUUUUGCAUAUUUUGAGGAUGGAUCAAUGGUGUACUUUGUUCGUUAUGAAAGAUGUUUGUGCAUCUGUUUGAAUCGAUUAGUUCCCUCAGUUUCUAAUGAGAAAAGGAAACUAGCUAUGGACGCUCUCGGCGUUUGUCCGUGUACUGGUCAAUAUCUAAAUUUGAUAUAUGAUGACAAAACUUCAAUUCUAAUUAUAGUUCAAUUUU